AACGGGUGACCCCAGAGCCCAGCUCUUCCCUCUCCCUGCUGCAGCCCUGGGCCAGGAGCCCCUUCUGCCACGUCCCCAGCUCUUCUCCAGCCUCCAGCCCCCACAGCUCCCUCUCCUACUUAACUUCUCAGGAGGCCCUGGAGCCAGAGGCCAGAGGCCUGGCCUUACUGCCAGGCUGGGACUUCCCAGGAUGUUUGUCCCAGUUCAUGAAAGCCUCUGUUGUUGUCACAGCUGAAACCCUCCCCUCUGCCCCGAGGCUCUUAGAAUGUGGCUGUAGGUCUGGGGCUGGGCCCACACAGGUGGAGCAGGUGACUGGGUCCCAGGUUUGGGUGUCAGGAAUGAAGCCCUCCUUUGUGUGUGUGUGUGUGUGUUGGGGAGGUAGGGGUGAGGACACUUUUCUGUCUCAGUCUGAGAAUUGAAACUAGGGGUGCUCUGUUGACAGAAGUGGCUGGGAUAGAGGAGAGGGAGAGGGGGAGAGAGAAAGGGGAAGGGGACAGGGAGGUGAGGUCUUUCCACCCCGGCUGGUCAUCAUGACCAGUUCAGUUUGCAAAGCAUUUCCUGUCAGUUCUCUGCUCCAUCCCUGUGAGUCAGACUGGGCAGGAGUUAUUUCCAUUUUCCGAUUGGCAGACUGAGGCUCAGAGAUAGGAGGCUCCAUUACCCCAAGCCACAUAUCUAAUGAAUGACAAAGGAGCAAUUCUCCAGGCCCCAGAUCAUACGCUCUCUCUGUCCCCUGCAUCUCCGUGGGGAGUGGGGGAGGGGGGUAGCGGAUUCUCAGGUUUAUGGAGGCACCCCUCCCCAUGUGCCAUUAAAUGCUCACUGUGGCCCUGUAGCAGGGGUCAGUGUUAGUGACUCAAUUAUUUUUUUUUUUUCAAAUUGUCAUAAAAUACACGUAACAAAAUUUACCAUCAUAAUCAUCUUUAAGUGUACAGUUCUGUGGCGUUAAGUACAUUCACGUUGUUGUGCAACCGUCACCACCAUGCAUCUUCAUUACUCUUCCCAUCUUUUAAAACUGAAACUCUCUGCCUAUUAAACAAUAACUCCCCAUUCUCCCUCCCCUAGGCCCUGGCAGCCACCAUUACACUUUCUAUCUUCAUGAUUUUGACUACUCUAAGGCCUUAUAUAAGUGGAAAAAUGUCCCAAUUUUAAGUCGGGAACCUGGCUCAGAGAGGUUGUCACACCCAGAGGCGGAGUCCAGCCCAGGCUCUUUCCGCUGGGCUGCAUCGUCCCACCCCAAGGACAGAGGCCGGCUCUGGGGACGGCCUGUCUGUCUGCUGUGGGCAAAGGACAGAAACUGGCACAGCCUCCUGGGCGGGCUGCCAGAGGAAGGGCCUGCAGCCCAGGCUGGGCCCAAAGGAGCUGGGUCUCCGCCCGUGCAGCCAUCGCCACCUGGUGCUAAUGAGCAGGCCCAGCCCCACCCAGACCUAGAGCUCACAGGAGCUCUUUAGGCUGAAACCAGGGAUUUGUGACCGGGGCAGCUGCUGCCUCAGGCAUGGGCCUGAGAGAGGAGGGAAAGCCACCUCGAGGGGCUUCUGGAGGGGAGUCAGGGUGCAGAAGAGGGGCUGGCUGGGGUCCAGUCCUGCCUCACCCUGGGUGAUGGCGCAUAAUUUUUUCCAUGUUAAUUGCUGGGCCCUAAUGACUACAGAGGCUUUAAUGAGCUACGGCUGAUCUGAGUUUGAUUAUUUUUCUUUCAGAGGAAAAGACAAUAUCCGCCCACCCAUGAGACAAUACAGCACUGUCAGGGCUCAGCACUGGGAUGCUCGGACGGAGGCCUGGCUCACUGAGGGACAGCCCGUCCCCACUCCCCAGGCCAGCAGAACCAACACCACCCACCCCCCCGCCCCCAGCUACCAGCUCAGAUGCACGAAUCUGGGGUCUGUGGGAGGGACUCUUUUUUCCUGUCCUCUGUUUAAGUGGGGUCAGAGGACCCACUGGAGUCCUAGCGAUGCCCCUUACUAGCUGUGCCACCUUGCACAAACUGCUUCCCCUCUCUGAGCCCCAAUUUCAUUUCUUUUGAAACAGGGGCAGGGAUCGUCUUCUAUGUCGUGAGGAUUGGAGGAGGCGAUGGAUGCAAAAGGGCUCUGUUAAACCGUGAAGUGUGCGGUUGAAGGUAAGGGAUUACUGUUGUUACAGCAAUAAUGGCAACCACCUGCACUGGGUGCCCAGUGGGGCUGGCUCUGGAAGAGCAAUGCUGCAGGACGAAAGUCCCUCCUGGUGAGGGUACGCGGGAGUCCCAGGUACUGGACAUGCACCCUGCUAUCCGGCCCCCAGAAGAUGGGGAGCCAGGAUGAAGCAGGAUGGGGGCCCUUGGGCCUCAGGGCCUCCCCAUAAGUGAGAGCUGAGAGUGCCCCUUGCCACAAGGAAACAGACUUACAGGUAACACGUCCAAGGUUUCACAAGCAGUAACCCAUAGAGCCAGGAUUUGAACCCAGGCCUGAGGAACACCCGAGCGCUGUCCACUUCACCGCGCUGCAGCCCUGGGCCAGGAGUCCUCUUUCAUCUCCAGCUUAGUCUUGCUCACCUCCCCAGCCUCACGCCUCCAAGUGGCACUGUGCACAGGUACCAGCUACCCCUGGAAAGCUGGCCCCUGAGCUGGUGACAGAGAAAAGGGCUCUCCUGAGUGUUUGACUCCCCUCUCUGGCCUCAGCAACCUGCUCUGUGAAGUGGUGCCUUGGCCUUCAAGAUCUUCGAAGUGUCUUCCAGUCUGCCCACCAGGCCUCCAUAUUUCCUCCCUUCCCACAACGUUCAGGCACGUAGAGCCUUCUGGGCUAGGUCCCGCUCCAGCGCCACAUCACUUUGCAGGACAAAUGGGGUUAAUCUGGCCCAGCUAUGCAGCGACAUGCCUCUCCCCGGAGGAGGAGGCAGGGGCUUCCCAGAACGUGUUCCAGUUUUAUCUGCAGAGGUUUGCCCCGACGUGUUCCGGGAGCAAGCAAAGGUUCAGGGACACGUGCGGUCGGCAGGUGGCGGGAGGAUCAAUCAGCCCCGUGUCAACCCUGAGCCUGGUGGCUUUCGUCAGAGUGCCAGGGCAGUGGGGCUGGGGCUGGGAGAAGCUGGAGAAGCAGUGGGGGGCUGCAGGUGGGGUAGGGGAGAGAACGAGUGGAGGACGGGAGUUCAUUUGCAGCAUCAGAGACGUGACAGAUGCUGGCGCCUCUGGUCACCUCAGCAGGAACUUGAUUCAAGAUCCCUCUCCUGUGCUGAGCCUGUGCCCAUGGGGCCUGCACUCCUCCAUGUGCCUCUGCCCACUGGUCCCCAGAGACCACCGCUCUCCCCAAGCCUGCAGGCUCACACACGGCGGGUCUGUGAAUGGGACAACACAGAGCAGCAAUGGGAAGGAGACUCCCAAACUGAAAGCAGGGAGCUGGCCACCUUGGUGGAGGGUCCCAGGCUGGGGGAGAAGCCCAGCCAAGGGUGGAGUUGGCCUGCACGGCUCUACCAGUGCAGGCGGAGGCCUGGGAGCCGUGGUGCCAUGCGAGGUUGCUGCCCGCUGCUCUCCGCGUUCUCCCGUACGGUGGAGAUGAACCCGUAAUCCAGGUGUUAAAAUCAUGGCCCGGGGCAAAACACCCUUCAUUCUGAGUCAUCUCUUUUGUUGCAUUAAAAAAAACAGAAAGAAAAGAAAAACUAGCCACGUUGAGGUGUGCAGGCAGCAGUGUCUGUCAGGAACGCAGGGGAGUUGGCUUCCCUUUGGGGGAGGAGACACGGUCCCACGACACUCUCCGAGGGGUAUAUAAAGAGCCCCAGGCUGGCGGUGACAGGCGCAGCACUGUGGUUUCAGUCCAGCCCACACCUCCCGCCAGCGCCUCUUGUGCUUGCUGAGGACUCGCCGGCUGCUGCCUGGCCAUGAGCACCCCGUUUCUACAGACUUCUUCCUCCACCUUUGGGGGUGGCUCUAUCCGGGGGGGUCCCCUCUGGGCUGGGGGAGGCAGCUUUGGUGGUGGGAGUCUUUAUGGGGGAGGUGGAAGCCGCAGUAUCUCAGCUUCUUCUGCUAGGUUUGUCUCCUCGGAGUCAGGAGGGGGCUAUGGGGGCGGCAUGAGCUGCGGCUUUGGUGGAGGGGCUGGUAGUGGUUUCGGUGGAGGCUUUGGAGGUAGCCUUGGAGGUGGCUUUGGUGGGAGUUUUGGUGGCGGCUUUGGUGGGAGUUUUGGCGGUGACUUUGGUGGUGGUGAUGGUGGCCUCCUCUCCGGCAAUGAGAAGAUCACCAUGCAGAACCUCAAUGACCGCCUGGCCUCCUACCUGGAGAAGGUGCGUGCCCUGGAGGAGGCCAACGCCGACCUGGAGGUGAAGAUCCGUGACUGGUACCAGAGGCAGAGCCUGACCAGCCCAGAGCGCGACUACAGCCCCUACUUCAAGACCAUAGAAGAGAUCCGGGACAAGAUCCUGGCGGCCACCAUCGACAACUCCCGGGUCAUCCUGGAGAUCGACAACGCCAGGCUGGCUGCGGACGACUUCAGGCUUAAGUAUGAGAAUGAGCUGGCCCUGCGCCAGAGUGUGGAGGCCGACAUCAACGGCCUGCGCAGGGUGCUGGAUGAGCUGACCCUGGCCAAGACCGACCUGGAGAUGCAGAUCGAGAGCUUGAACGAGGAGCUGGCCUACAUGAAGAAGAACCACGAGGAGGAGAUGAAGGAGUACAGCAGCCAGCUGGCCGGCGAGGUCAACGUGGAGAUGGAUGCAGCCCCGGGCAUGGAUCUGACCCGUGUGCUGUCGGAGAUGAGGGAGCAGUACGAGGCCAUGGCGGACAAGAACCGCCGAGAUGCUGAGUCCUGGUUCUUCAGCAAGACCGAGGAGCUAAAGAAGGAGGUGGCCUCCAACACAGAGAUGAUCCAGACCAGCAAGACGGAGAUCACAGACCUAAGACGCACGAUGCAAGGGCUGGAGAUCGAGCUGCAGUCCCAGCUCAGCACGAAAGCCGGCCUGGAGAACUCACUGGCAGAGAUUGAAUGCCGCUACGCCACGCAGCUGCAGCAGAUCCAGGGGCUCAUCAGUGGCCUGGAGACCCAGCUGAGUGAGCUCCGCAGUGAGAUGGAGGCUCAGAACCAGGAGUACAAGAUGCUGCUGGACAUCAAGACACGGCUGGAGCAGGAGAUCGCCACCUACCGCAGCCUGCUGGAGGGCCAGGACGCCAGGAUGGCUGGUAUUGGCACCGGAGAAGCCUCCCUGGGAGGCGGCGGCGGAGGCAAAGUCCGCAUCAAUGUCGAGGAGUCAGUGGAUGGGAAGGUGGUUUCUUCCCACAAGAGGGAAAUCUAAAUGCCCAGCGCAAGAGAGCCGACCCUUACCACCCCCAGCCUCCCCUGGCUGAGCGGACAACCGGCCAGAGGGGCCGCAAGAGCAAGCUCCAGUCCCUGCCUUCAGAGGGCGUCCAGCUCAGCUCGAGAGGGUCCCGCCUCUGCAUGCCCUUCCUCCCUCUCCUCUGCAGCUCUCUCUGCCUCCUUUAGAGCAGGGAGGUGCCAGAAGCAGCUGUGUCGUGUAAUAAGCUUGUUUGCACCGUGUCUGUCCAUGCAAUAAAGAAUUGCUUUUCCUUUUGCAAAUAUCUCUUGGUGGAAGGUCCAGUUUUUCUUGUUGGGAGCCUCUGAGGAGGCCCAGAAUCCACAUGUGACAUCUUCCCCACUUUGGCCUCUUCCCUGGUCAUAAUUCAUUCUUUGGGGUGCCCAGGGCACCUGGGGAGGACCCAGCCUGCGCAGGUGACUUGCUCUCUGGCUAACCCUGUUCAGUGACUGUGGAAGCAGCAGACAGGGGUUUCCUCGGAGCAGUUUGGUGCACUUGGCACAGAACUUGAAACAUGGUCUAAUUAUUUACCGAAUGACUGACCACAUGGAUUGUGUUGGGUCGCUACUGUAUGGUUGGCACUGUGCUCAGCACCCCUCCCCGGGUCUCAUUUAAUACUCACGACUGGGGGCAAUCAGGACUUAUUAUGCUCAUCUUAGGAAACGUAGAGAUGAGGAAGUCAGGGAGGUGAGGGACUUGCCCUGUGGCCUCAUGGAUGGAUAGUAAGCAGCAGGGUUGGAA